UGAGAGGCAGCCACGGGCGAUACCAACUCCUGGAACUUUCAGAGGGGGAAAACUGGGAUCUCUGUGAGAUUUUCCGCAGGAAUGAUCACGAAAACCAUCACAAAUCAAGUUUUUAAUUUUCAUUAUUGUUUAAAACUUUCUUCCAACGGCAUAAUCCAAGUAUAACAGCCACUGAAAUACACAGAGGCGAUUGCCGGUGAUCCCGGUUUUCCCCGUUUCCCGCGUCCACUCUCCGGGUCUGGAUCCCUAUCUGGGCUGGAGCGCAGGCGGCUGCAGAGCGGUUGUCAGCGGAGGCGGCGGGGAGUCAUGUUUCCCCCCCAAAAUCCUUGAAGUUUCAUUUAAGUUCAGCUUUCCUUCCUCUCUUCUCGAAAUAAACCAGUUGGGAUUAACCACAUCUGUUGGAAAACAUAGUUUCAUCGUGUAAAAGUGAAGGACCUGCGCCCGGGUCCUCAUGCCCCAUCCCGGCAGAGCCGCCCGGCCAGCUAAGCCCGCAGUCGGGUCUCCUUUGGGCUGCCGCUGAAGCGUACCGCAGGACCGGCACUGGGGGGGGCGGAAGCGGGUCGCCCGAGGGCCCAGGGCCCCCACAGCAAGCAAGGAGCUGCCACAGGAAGAUGAGCAAACUGAACUUUCACAACAACAAAACCAUGCAGGACCGCCGCUGCGUAUGUGUCUUUCUGCCCAACGACGACACCCAGAACAUCAUCGUCGACGUGAAAACCUUGUGCCAGGAGCUGUUGGUGCAGGUGUGUGACCUCCUCCACCUGAAGGACUGUCACCUGUUUGGGCUCAGCGUCAUUCAGAAUAACGAACACGUCUACAUGGAGCUGGAUCAGAAGCUGUCCAAGUACUGCCCCAAAGAGUGGAAGAGGGAAGCCAGCAAGGGAAUCGAUCAGUUCGGACCUCCAAUGAUCAUCCACUUCAGAGCUCAGUAUUACGUGGAGAACGGGAGGCUGAUCAGCGACCGCGUGGCCAGGUACUACUACUACUGGCACCUGAGGAAGCAGGUGCUGCUGUCCCAGUGCAUCCAGAGGGAGGAGGCCUACUUCCUGCUGGCGGCCUUCGCUCUGCAGGCCGACCUCGGCAACUUUAAACGCAACAAACACUUUGGGAAAUACUUUGAACCCGAGGCCUACUUCCCCCAGUGGGUGAUCGCAAAGCGAGGCCGCGACUACAUCCUGCGGCACAUCCCCAACAUGCACAGCGACCAGUUCGCCAUCACCGCCUCGGAGGCGCACCUCAAGUACAUAAAGGAGUGCGCUCAGCUGGACGACGUCACCGUCCACUACUACAGACUCUACAAGGACAAAAAAGAAGUGGAAGCGUCUCUCACUUUAGGGUUGACUCUGCGUGGAAUUCAAAUCUUUCAGAACGUCGGCUCGGUCAGGCAGCUCCUCUACGACUUCCCCUGGACCAACGUGGGGAAGCUCAUCUUUGUGGGGAAGAAGUUCGAGAUUCUUCCCGACGGCCUUCCCUCGGCGCGUAAGCUCAUCUACUACACCGGCUGCCCGGCGCGCUCCCGCCACCUCCUGCAGCUGCUGAGCAACAGCCACCGCCUCUACAUGAACCUGCAGCCCGUCCUCAAGCAGGUCCGCCGGCUGGAGGAGAACGAAGAGAAGAAGCAGUACCGCGAGUCGUACAUCAGCGACGCCCUGGAGCUGGACAUGGACCACCUGGACAAGCGCUGUCGGGCCAGCGGCAGCAGCGCCGGCAGCCUCUCUCAGCACAAGCGUCUGUCCCGCCACUCCACCGCCAGCCACGGCAGCUCCCACACGUCCGGCAUCGAGAGCGGCAGCUUCAGGGCCCUCAGCCAGCCCCCCCACCGGCCCCUGAGGACCUGCAGCUCCUCCACCGCCAGCCACGGCAGCUCCCACACCUCCGGCUUCGAGGGCAGCAGCAAGGAGCGCGUCCUGGACGACGACGCAGAGAUCGAGAUGCUGGUGGACGAUCCCAAAGACUACGAGGAGCUUCAGGAGACGACUCUGGAGCCAGAACUCUGCAUCCAUAUCACAGAGGACAUGCUGACCAUGUCUCCUGAUCACGCCAACGGAUACUCAGGUCUGAUCGUCAAAGACGUCGGCUCGUCCACGUCCAGCUCCUCGGAGACCGUGGUGAAGAUGAGAGGACAGAGCAUCGAGUCUCUGCCGCAGACGUCUGCAAGCAGGAAGCCUCCGUCCUCCGCCGACCGCCACAGCCAGUCGCUGGACGACAUCCGGCUGUACCACAAGGACUGCCAGCAGUGGGCGGAGCUCUGCCAGGACACCGCCCACAGCUACACUUUCGGUUGCGCUCAAGAGCUGAGCGACAGCGGCAGCCAGGCGGAGCAGCGCGCCGGUGUGAGCGGCGAGCAGCAGCCCAUCAAGAGGACCAACAAGUACUUCUCCCUGGACCUGACGAGCGACGAGGUUCCUGAGUUCGUUGUGUGACGGACGCAGAUAUCAGGCACCUGAUGGCGGCGGCGUGCUGGGAGGACGUUUGAGGGCUGGAAGCGUGGAGCGGACACAACUGAGUCCCAACUGGGUGAAGAACGAUCCAGAAUCCUUCCAAGGAAGGGAUUUUUGUUUGAACCCAGAUCUGAGCUUCUGGCAGCUGAAAGAUGUGACUCGACUGUGAGCUUCAAACCAAAGAAAACUGAAGGGGAGGAGCCUAACUCCCCCCCACACACACACCGCCGUGCCUUCUUCACUCUAUGCAGAGAACAAACGCUCGACAAUCGUCAGCCGGAGGUGAAGCCAUCGCUGCGUCCCAGAUAUCACGCAGCAUCAGAGCAAUUCUUCUGCUCUCAGGAACCGGUUUACUGGCAGGAAGGAGUGGCCGUACGGUCAGACCCUCGCCGUACCUUAAGACUGUCGCCGUACGGUCAGACCUUCGCCGUAUGGUCAGACCGUCGCCGUACCUUAAGACUGUCGCCGUACGGUCAGACCUUCGCCGUAUGGUCAGACCGUCGCCGUACCUUAAGACUGUCGCCGUACGGUCAGACCGUCGCCGUACCUUCAGACCGUCGCCGUACCUACAGACCGUCGCCGUACCUACACACCGUCGCCGUACCUUCAGACCGUCACCUUACCUUCAGACCGUCGCCGUACCUUCAGACCGUCGCCGUACCUACAGACCGUCGCCGUACGGUCAGACCUUCGCCGUACCUACAGACCGUCGCCGUACGGUCAGACCUUCGCCGUACCUACAGACCGUCGCCGUACGGUCAGACCGUCGCCGUACCUUCAGACCGUCGCCGUACCUUCAGACCGUCACCGUACCUUCAGACCGUCGCCGUACCUUCAGACCCUCGCCGUACGGUCAGACCCUCGCCGUACCUUCAGACCGUCGCCGUACGGUCAGACCGUCGCCGUACCUACAGACCGUCGCCGUACCUACAGACCGUCGCCGUACCUUCAGACCGUCGCCGUACCUACAGACCGUCGCCGUACGGUCAGACCUUCGCCGUACCUACAGACCGUCGCCGUACGGUCAGACCUUCGCCGUACCUACAGACCGUCGCCGUACGGUCAGACCGUCGCCGUACCUUCAGACCGUCGCCGUACCUUCAGACCGUCACCGUACCUUCAGACCGUCGCCGUACCUUCAGACCCUCGCCGUACCUUCAGACCCUCGCCGUACGGUCAGACCCUCGCCGUACCUUCAGACCGUCGCCGUACGGUCAUACUGUCGCCGUACGGUCAUACUGUCGCCGUACCUUCAGACCGUCACCGUACCUUCAGACUGUCUCCAUACGGUCAGACCGUUGCCGUUCGAUCAGACCGUCGCUGUCCAAACAGACCUUGGCGUGUCGAUGUUCUCUGAUCUCAAAGCGAACCUGUUCAGGUGGUUUCCGCCUGUUGGAGAGCUUUAAAACGUUGUGUUUACCUGAGUCCGUCUGCCAGUGUUUCAGAGAAUCUGCUGUGAUCCACUUCUUCACUCAGAUCUCGGAGUUUGCUGGAGAACCGAAGUCUUCCUGCAUCGGCGUCUACCUUAUAGGGAUCCACAGGUGAUGGAGCGGCGAUACAGGUGACUAAGAUAAAAACGUCCUUGACGAACGCCAAAACAAUUUUAAAAGAGCACAAGAACAAAAAUAGAAACCGACAAAUAAAAUAUUGAGCUAACAACCAUCCGGCCCUUGUGUGGGCGGCUUGCUGCUGUUGCUAUAGAAACGCGCAACAUGUCGCUUCAGCUGAGUGACAUCCUUUUCUCUUAGGGUUGACUGUAACUGUAUCGAACAAACUGCACCCCCUAGUGUUUCGCUCAAGUAAAAAAGAAAAACAUGAUCUGAUUUCACAUUUUUACAUUUUAUUUUUAGCAAAAAUACACAGAAAAAAGUAUCAGAGAUGAAUUUGGGGUUAAAGUUGAGUUCAAGUGACUGUAGUCGAUUCUGAUUCUACACUGAUGUGAAAACGAGGCGGAACAGGUUGGACUCCUGGUGGCCUUUUCCUGCCGAGCUAUGAAGUCUUCCAGACGUGACGGUUUCUGAUCUGACGGUGAUCAAUCAUCAGAGAUUCUUCUCAUGAAGUUUGUGAAGAUCCAAAGUGUUGGGUUUGACAGAAGGAGGUAACAGCGCCCUCUGCUGGCUCUUUUUAAGCUGCAUUUUAUGGAGGUGCAUGUUCGCUCCGCUUUUCUCAUCAUUGGUUGAACUGUUGUCGUCAUUAUGGUCCGAAUAUUUGUACAAUAAGCAGAUUUAGGGCUGAGUUCAGUAAACAUUCAUGGGAAAAAAACACAUUAAAAGUAAAAGUAAAAAACCAUUUAUGAGAACUUUUAUGAGUUGGAGUCAAAAGAGAAAAAGCUGAAACAUUUCUACUCAUUGAACUAAUAAACACAAACAGAUUUAAUUGACAGAAACAUCUCAACUUGUUCAAUUUUGUUCCAAACUUUUCCUACAAAAUCUCAGCAAUCCUGAAAAUAAAAGUUAUUUUCUGCGUC